GCUAUCGCGCGGGGCAUGCGACGGCAGUGCCAGGUGGAAGCGCCCAGCUCCGAGACUGGGCGCUGCGCAGUGCAGGGCGAGGGGGGCGCUGAAAUUAUUGAGGAGGACGCGGACGAGACGAGGGAUGUCUCACGUCGGCCUCGCAGUUCAAUCCAGAACAGCCUCCGAAAGCUGCACGUGCAACUAAGGUAUUGCAAGAACAACGUGUUGGUGCGACACCCUAGGCAUGCGCGCGCCACGGAACAAGCGAUCACGGCGGGCCACGAGUUUCACGGUCCAGAGUGCGAGGGGAUGAAGUGUCCAAGGGUGGCUCGGCACAGCGCCCCGGCCGAGGCGCAUCUCCCCCUCGAGUGCGUGAGCAUGGACUGCAAGGACAUGCCCGGCUGGAUCGCCGGGGAGGGGAUCGCGCGACUGGGCAUCAUCGACGAGACGAGCUCGCUGCACCAGGAGAAUGGCAAGAUCGAGCAUCGCAACCAGCUGUUCGAGAUGAUGUUGGAGGACCUCAUCCGGGAGGCGCAGCCCCAGACGGAGACCGAGCGGCGAGAGUGCGUGACGGAGCUGGUACUGGCCAAGCUGAAGGAUAGCCCAGACACGAUCACCAACAGUGCGAUCGUGAACGACCCGAUCGCGGCGCAGCAGGCGCGGGCGAGAACGAUUGCCCGCAUGAAGGUACUCAUCCAGCAGGACAAGUUGGCGGCACGGCGAGCGCUGGACGCUCGACCGAGAGUGGUGGCCAAGUACCUGCCUGGCGACAUGGCGGCUGCGUGGCGCAUGGUGAAGAACAAGGGCAUCCCUGGGGAGCGAGCGCACCACAGAUGGAGGCCAGGCAUCUGCAUGGGCGAGGUGCGAGGCAACCACUGGGCGGCGCUGCCGGGCGCGGUAGUGAAGGCGUCGCCCGAGCAGAUGAGACCAGCAGUGCGAGAAGAGCGACGUGCGUGGCGCGUGGUGGAGGCAGAGCUGAGGACCAAGAUGGUGGACCUGGAGCACUACAGCGGCCAGAGGUUUGAGGACAUCGCGGGCGGCGAGCGGCUGCCCGAGGCGGCUGCGGAGGAGGCCACUCCUUCGAGCCCGGCAGCCCCCGAGCCGGCUCAUCCUGGGGACUCUGAGAGGGUCUCAGGCGAACAGGACACAGCUGGUCACCCUGAUGGCCCUGAGAGGGCCUCGGCCGAACAGGAAGCAGCAGAUGAUGGCGAGGCAGGACAUCCACCAGAGAGGCGACGCCUGCGAGGCAAGCAGACCGUGGACAAGCGGACGUUGGACGAGGCGCACAUGCCGGAAGAGGGCCAGAUGGCGGACCGCCAGGAGCAGGAAGAGGUCAAGUGCCCCAAGUGGGGGGGGCCGAUGACCGUCGACCACCAGGGCGGCAGCCAGAGCGCGGCCAGCGGACAGCAGGUCGGCGGGAUCGUCUAUCCUCCGAGCUUGCCAAGUCCGCCGCUCAUCGACUCGGCGGACGCCCACCUGGCGGAGGAGGUGGGCGAGGCCAUCGUCGCGGGCGCCGCGGACGUUCUGCUCACGCAGGGGGGCAAG